CCACCACCAUUGCCAUCUCCAUUGUUCUUCCCCUGCAUCAAUUCUGUACAACAUCGGUCCACUGUCAUACACUUCUUGUACCAUAUAUGCCUCUAUAACAAGCAUAGUCAUCACCAACAAGCACAUCCUUAGCCCACGCGGUGCUCCGGCGCGUAUCACUUUCUAGCCAUGGCUCCGUACAGACCACCGGGCCGAAGCAACCGCUCUGGUCGCUCUAAUGCAGAUAACGACGUAUUCGAGGGAUUGCCGGUCAAGCAAUGGAACCAGACCUUUGCGAAGGUAUCGCUUGCCCCUCCGGUAUCAGAGAUCGAAGCUAGCAAAGACGACAAAUGGGGAGAGCCGCCAAUGCCACGGGACUUUCAGCUCCUCACUCCUUGGACUCAGCACCUUCUACGGCUCGCACGAUCUGGCAAAGUUGGCACCAAACGGAAACAGGAUGCCGAUGCGGACGACGAUAAGCCGGACGACGAAGUGGCCGAAGAAGAUACUAAGCCUAUCACCGGUAUUGACGAUCGCGGGUACGUAGCGAAGAAGUGGAAACCUGUGCCAGAACACUCCUUGGAACCCGAACACAAGCACUUCAAUUUCCUUGCGAAGCGACGCAGAGGACUUCCUAGUCUAUAUGGCCCAGACUUGCAGUUGGCAUCCGUCCCUAUGCGCAAGACGAAAGUGCAGAAGGCGGACGCGAACGGCGAAGUCGCCGUGUAUGAAGUGCUAGUGCCUGAGGGGCAGACAAUUGAAGGCGAAAUUGCAGAAUCAACAGAGCUUGCAGAUGUAAAGCCUGUGUUGGCUGCUCCUGGUACUGUUAUCGAGGGCGUAGGUGUUGCAAACGAGGAAGGAGUCAUGGUAGCCGAACAUCUCAAACCAUCUAUACCAAGACGGAAUAGGCCACCGCCGAAGAAGAAGGGGGGACCAGGGCGAGGCAAGAAGCGCGUUACCUUUACGAAUCCCGAUGGAUCUACGUAUACUGCGAUUGUUCCGAAUGCCACGAAAAUUGUGCCGCAGCCUGGUCAGACGAUCAAACACGUCGCGAAAGGUGAAGAGGCAACGGCAGACGUUUCUGCAGAGGAAGCUGCGAGGAAUGCUGCGCAAAGGCACGAUGAGAAUGGCGAGGAAGGCUCUGGCGACGAUGAUGAAGAGGGAGAUGAAGAUGACGAUGACCGCGAGGAUGGUGAGCUGUCCGAUGAAGAAGACGAUGAUGCACCCGCUACUGGAGCUCAGACACCUGCGAAAGUCGAAGGAAACGGAGCGCCGCAGCCCAUGGAAGACGUGCAGCCGACUCUUCCGACUGCGCCAACAGAGGCGGAGCCUGCACUUCCGGAGACGUUAGACAAGCCAGCUGAAGAGUCCGAGCAGCCUGCAGCGCCUGCCUUGGAAUCCGCACUAGAACCAGUCAUCGCGCCUAUCGAGACACACUCUGACGCUAAACGGAGCGUCGAGAGCUCGCCAGAUCUCCCACUCGCGCAAGGUCACAGCAGUGCGGCAUCAGUUGCAGAGCCUGUGCCACUGACAUUGGACACUGUGCCGGAGGAGAAGCCACUGGAGGAGCCGGAAGCAGGAGAGCCCAUCGUGGAGGAUCCCACGACUGAAGAGCCCGCUGAUACUGAGUCUGCUGAAGCCAAGGUCGCUGAAGUCGAGUCAGCAGAAGAGGCGUCACUGACAGCAGAAUCACUGGCUCCAGUUGCUCCUGCUCCUCAAAAAGAGGAGGAAAAGGUCGAGAAAUUUGAUGACGGGGACGAGGAUCUGCUGGGCAAUCUGGAGAAGUCUUUGGGGUAGUGACCUAGGUUUUUGCGGGAUUCCUGAAUCACAACUUUAUUAUUGACAG